AUGAACGCGACUACCUCCGCACCUGCACCGCCACACUUCCUCGAAAGCUUUCUCGUCAUCCUCGCUUUCUUCCAUCUCUCCGAAUUUCUCAUCGCGUUCGCGUAUAACCGUAAUCUCCUCAAUCGACACUCCUGGCUUUUCAGCGUCCCGUACUGUUCGGCGAUGGCUUUGGGAUUGUGCGAGUACUUUUUCGUGGAUUACGGCGCGAUGCUUGGCCAGGAAACGAUUGCACGCGUGCAUAAAAUCGGUAUCUUGACGUGCCUCGUUGGCGAAACUAUUCGUAAAUGGGCCGAAAUACACGCCAAACAUAACUUCACGCACGUCAUUCAAACCGAGAAAAGAGCGACGCAUUCGUUGGUCACGGAAGGUCCGUAUAAAAUUUUUCGACAUCCAGGAUAUUUCGGAUGGUUUUUAUGGGCACCAGGCACGCAGUUAGUUUUAGGGAACGUGGUGAGUUUUAUGGUGUUUGUGGGCGUCAGUUGGCGGUUUUUUUAUAAACGGAUACCGGUGGAGGAAUAUUUCUUAGAGCGGAUGUUUGGCGAGGAAACGUACACGCGGUAUCGCCAAAAGACAAAGACGUGGAUUCCCGGAAUUCCUUGA